UCAAGAAAACACAUUCAGUAUUUUUUAAAUAACAUUUGGCUUUGCAAAAAGGGUGUAUUUAAACGAAAACAAUCUUUGUUUUUAAUAAAAACACAUCUUUAUCCCUGUUUAAAAGCUUAAAACAGAGUUAUAAGCAGAUAUCACAUUUCUUAAGUCAAAAUAGAUCAUCAAAUCAUUGGAAAAACAUCCGUUGCAUAAUGGAGGAACAUGUUGUGGCGUUGAACAGCUGGCGUACAUCGAAUUCAACAAUAACUUUGAAAGAUUUUCACCAAUUGGGCAUUACGGAUGGCUACAAGUACGUACCCAAGGCCCAUGAGAUAAAGCCACCAUUCAUCAAGGAUGUCAAGUUGCCCAGCAAGAACAUGAACUUGAUUAUAGUCACGGACAAAAUGCUAUUUAUGGAGCACUUCAAGGAUUUGGCUCCUUUAUUUUUGGAGAAGGACCAGCAACAGGUGAAGACUAUACCCAAUGGAAGUUCAGUUAAAGAUUCAUCUACUAAAGUCAACAACUCUCCGAAAAGUGAUUCAGACUGCGAUUCUAUGGAAUGUUUACCUGAUCAAGACAUUCUGGAAUAUUCUGAAGUGAAAGUGUCCAGUCCUCAGGAACAUAAUCUUGAUAUGCAAAGCAAUGGUCUUGAUAAAGCAGCUACUUCUGAAAUGAACAAUUCUAACUUGACAGAUAUUCCAAUGGAAGAUAGUUCAGACUGCGAUUCUAUGGAAUGUUUACCCGAUAAAGACUUUAUGGAUUAUUCCGACAUUAAAUUGUACAGUCCUGAAGAAUAUAAUCCCUGGCAACCAGAAAUGUGAAACAAGUAACUGA